GCGUGGGCCUCGGGCGCGCGCGUCAUGCACCUUGCACGGCGGCGCUGUCCCGUUCAAUCAGCAUGGCGCUGCUCCGGUCCUGCUGCUGCUGGCUGUCCCUGCGGAAGGGGAGCUGCGCCUGCGGUGUUUACACACUCAUCUUCUACACGAUGCUUAUUGCAACUGGAAUAUGUCACGUCAACUCGGCGCUUCACUCACCGGUUGGGUUCACGCUGAUCCUCCUACUCCUGUCUUUCUCCGGAUUGUGCGUCAUCUUCUCUGGCGUUCUUCUGCUAGGCUUAUAUUUGGACAACCGGCUGCUGUUGAUACCGUGGCUGGCAGUCGUGUCCAUGACGACUCUUCUCGACAUCGUGCUCUCGCUCUACUUCAUCGCUGAUCUCAAAGUCGACGGUUUCGUCGUGGCCAUGUAUGUCGUCGACUACAGCUUAUGUUCCGUGAACAUCUACUGCAUAAUGUGCGUGCUGUCCCAGUACCAGGAGUACGCCGUUGGAAGGAGGGCCUUGGGGGGCCAGACAAGCCGAGUGCCGCUACCCCUGGUGUCUGCGUACAAUAACAACAGCAGCAGCAGCAGCAGCCGCAGAGGAGGAAGCGGUGGCCGCUCCACGUUCAGCCGCAUCGCAUCGUGGCCCAGUCGCCGCAUGUCCCGCAAGACGGCUCUGCCUCGCGGCGGCAGUGUCCGACCUCCCUCGUGCAGCAUCGCCUUUCCCGCGGACGCUGGUGCCGCAGAAGCCGCGGCAACGUCCGUUGGCACAGGCAAAGUUACGAACGGCGUGACUCGCAUCGCAAGAGAGCACCUCCUCAUUCCUGAGGCUCCGCACGGCUACAGCAGCACAGACGAUGUCUCCAGCGGUCUGCAGCUUUCCACGGCAGAGACGUCCCUCCAACCGUUUGGUGAAGAGGUUGACCUACCAGAGGACAUUCGCAACACGAUGAUGACAAGGCUUUCAACGGCGGAACAGGACAACGAACAGCUGGAGGAAGUGAACAAUAAACUGUGUACUCAGCGCGAAACCGUGACCAAAACGGAACAAGACCAAGAAUUCGGCGCCGAGCCCGCCAGCCCUGUUCUCGACAACCGCCCACUGCUCGAUACCACGAGUAGCCCCGACAUGAUCGGCGAUGACAGCAAAUGUAACGACAAUGUAUGA